GUGCCUCGAGUCCCGACGCCGUCGUCGGCGGGUUCGAGCCUGUAGGUGGGUCGCGCCGUGCUGUAGUGCUCCCGGGCGCCGGCGCACGUGUCGCGACCGCACCGGUAGCACAAAGAACGCGAAAAAGCGCCGCCAAAACAGCUGCGGGGCCGGCGAGCCCCAGCGGCGGCACAACUGCCCUUUCCAGCGCUAACAGACGGCAAACGCCGCGCGGCGCACCCGGCACCAUGGCCUCCUACGCGUCGCACCCGCACGUGAAGAUCCGCGCGGGCCGGCCCGUCGAGGGCUGCGCUCUGCGGCCGCAGGGCGUGCUCCGGUCGUCGGGCCCGCACGAGGACGGCGUCGAGCUCCGGUGGCGGUGGCUGCGGAGCCGCGACGUCGUCGCCAACUGCGCCUGCCCGUCCUGCGACUUCGCGCACGACUACGACCCCGUGAACCGGAACCGGCGGGGCGUCGCGCUCCAGUGCGCGAUCUGCCUCAAGGAGCAGCGCGCGCCGGAGACGCUGACGUUCUGCUCCGCGGUGUGCUUCGUCGAGGCCUGGCCCGAGCACCGCCGCUGCCACAACCACGCGCGGUCCCGCGCCGGCACCAUGGAGUCCGCCGCGUCCGGCGACAAGGGGUCCUUCGGGGACCUCGCGCGGAAGGACGACGAGCCGCACUGGCUGAGCGACGACGCGAGCCUCUGGGAGAUCGUCGCGGAGAACGUCGCCGAGUUCGUGCCCUCGGAGUCGGAGGUGGGCCGGCGGCUGCGCAUCGAGUGCUACGCCGUGCGGCCCACGGGCCGCGAGGAGCAGCUGCGCGCCCGCGGCGUCGCGCACACGGACGCGGUGCUCGGCGCGCCGAUGGCGCCCUUGCCCCGGUCCUUCAUCGGCGAGUCCACCGAGGGCGUGGACCCGUCGCUGCGCGUGGCGUCCUACAACAUCCUCGCGGAGAUCUACGCGACGGCGCACGCCUACCCCUACUGCGAGCGCUGGGCGCUCGAGUGGCAGUACCGCGCGCGCGUCGUCAUCCAGGAGCUCAUCGACACGAACGCGGACGUCAUCUGCCUCCAGGAGGCCCAGCGGGACCACUUCGAAAGAGAUGUCGAACCGGCCAUGAAGUCCGCGGGCUACGAGGGCCUCUUCACGCAGAAGUCGCGCGAGGCCAUGGGCGCCGCGGGCAAGGUCGACGGCUGCGCCAUGUUCUGGAAGACGACCAAGUACCGCGUCGCGGAGCAGCGCAACGUCUCCUUCAACGAUUUGGCCUACGCCGAGGCGCAGAACGCGAACCUGAGCGAGCGCGACGAGCACGCGUACCUGACGCGGCUCGUGAAGGACAACGUCGCGCAGCUCGUGGUGUUGGAGGACUACCCGGCGCCGGGCCACCGGUCGCGGCGCCUGGCCAUGGCGAACACGCACCUCUACAGCCACAAGGACUUCCCCGACACGAAGCUCUGGCAGUCCCUGUGCCUGUUGCGGGCGCUCGAGUCGUUCGCGAACCGGUCGCGCGAGACGCUGCCCCUCGUGCUCGCGGGCGACCUCAACUCCGGGCCGGACAGCUCGGUCUACGAGCUCAUCUCGACGCAGGCCAUCAACCCGCGGCACCCGGACCUCGCGCCGCGCGUGGGCCAGUUCGGCGCCGUCAACGUGCUGCCGGACGCGCGGCAGAUCUCGCACCGGCUCCCGCUCGGGUCCGCCUACGCGACGGUCGCGGGCGCCGAGCCCGAGUUCACGAACUACACCAUGGGCUUCCGCGGCACGCUCGACUACAUCUGGUUCGACCAGACCAUGCUCCGCUGCGCCGCCGUCGCGACGAUCCCGACCGUGGACGCGCUCACGCGCGCGGGCGACGCGCUCCCCAACCCCCAGUACCCCUCCGACCACACCAUGCUCAUCGCCGACUUCCUCUUCCUCUCCUGAGGGGACGCCGGCGCCCUCGGAAAUCCGACCAUCCCCCGCUCUCGCGCUCGAUUCGCCCCACACAAAAAAACGACCUGGCGAGGAGUAACGCUCCGCUGUGC